CAUGCGUUGUUGAUGUUUCAUUUCGAAAUUUACAAAAUUAGCAUAGGUGAGCUGGCAUUUAAUGUUCGGGUUGUUAAACUCAUUUGCAUUCAUUAAAUAUAUACACCUCGUAACGGUUGAGAGGUUGUAGAGCUAACGAUAGUUUGCCGGGAGAAAACUUCACGGAACAGUGCAUAUUGUUAAGUUGACCGCCUACCAAUCGCUGAUUACGCCUUUGGUCAAUCAAUUUAUAUAUGAGUGCUUCAGUUAGGUUGUCGCUAUCUGUUAGUACUGUUUAUUAGGGAAAAUAUCUUUGCGUUUUAAAAAAUCCAAUGGAGAAAACAACAAUUUUGGACUGUAGCGAUUGCAUUUCACCUCUUGAUAAUUAUGAAGUGGAUCUUGCUUCCAUGGCUGAUACGGAAUUGGAUUACGGUUAUCACUCGAUGGGAAGAAAUAUCGAGAAACUGGAAGAGCAGCAUCUUCAACCGGACGAGAAGGCACCAUAUCAUUCUACACAUGCGUACGUUCCAAGUAAAAUACGCGACAUUGUGACCAAAUCUAUUUCGGGUUCUGAACCAAGAAUGUCUUCGGGUAACAUACCAGAAGAAAAGCGUGCACUUGAAAGUGAAGUCAGCAGAUUGGAGGAUUUGCUAUCAUCGACCAGAGCUGAAAGGGAUGAGAUUUCGUCAAAGUAUUUAGCCGUAAGUGAACGACUGAAUGAUCACAUGAAGAGUGGAGGAAAAGGAUUGACUGUUACUGACACCAGCAGUGAAAAUCUUGUCCAACAAGUGGCAUAUCUACGUCAUAAGCUUGAUGAUGAGCAUGCAAGUUACAAGAGGAAGCUUCAGGCUUAUCAAGAUGGGCAGCAACGACAGGCACAACUCAUUCAGAAACUUCAGGCAAAGGUCUUACAAUACAAAAGGAAAUGUGGAGAACUAGAGACAUCAAUGAAUGAAAAAAUUCAAGGAGAAGAAGAUGCUAAAAAGAAAUUGCAAGAUGCCACUGAUACUUUGAGAAAAAGAGAAGAAAGAUUAAAAGAGACAGAAGAAGAGCACGGAAAUGAUUUGGAAAACUCACUAAUUCAACUGGAACAGGAGCAGCAAAGAUGUGCAGGUCUUCAACAUGUGAACAAUAUGCUCAGAGAGCAACUGGAUGAUGCCACUGAGGUUAAUGAGCAAAUGACUUUAGAAGUGCAAAAAUUGACUGGUGAAAACAAGAAAUUGAAGGAGGAGCUUGAAUCUCGUGAUGAAGAGGAGCAUGCUUAUUUUGCAAAUGAGCACAAUCGAUUGAUGUCACUGUGGCAAGCUCUCACCUCCUUUCGUCGUCAAUUUAAUGAAAUGAAGUCAGCCACCCAAAAGGAUCUUUCAGUCAUUCGCAGUGACGUUAGCAAAUCAGCACGUACUCUACAAGGUGCUUGCUUGUACUUGGAUAAAAAUAGAAGAAACAUUGAUUCAAAUAUGAAACAGGAACUUGAGGAAGAAAGAGAUAAAAGAACGCAGGUAGAGGAAUUGUUACAACAGAAGUUGGGAGAAAUCAUUGAUCUACAAAAUCAAUAUGCGCAAGAAGGGCAAUCGUAUAAGAAGAGAGUUCAAGAACUUGAAAAAGAAAAAGGAGAAAAAGAUUCUUUGCUAAAGGAAAAGGACAACGAUGUAGCGAUCCUAAAGACGCAGAUUCAAUCUUUGGAAACGGGAAUAGCUUCAAAAACAGAAGAGUGGGAAGUACAGACUGAACAUAGUCAGGCAGCCAUGCGCGAGGAAACAGAACUGCUUGUCAACACACUUAAAGAAAUUGCAAAGGCUAUCUAUAAAGACACAGAAGAUACAGGAAAAUUCAUUGAUGGAAGAACGAAAGGAGACAGUUUAGAUGAAUCAUUUAAUUCUGAAGCUCUUGAAUUAUUUGACGAAAUACCAACAACAAUUGCCCGACGAAGUCCUUCACCUUCGCGCGUAGCACAAAUGCGUUCAUUAUCUCCUGUACGUAGUCGAUCGCCUGCAGUAGCUGAUAGCACGUUGGCAAUGGUACAAUCUGCCAUCCAUAAGCGUUCACUACAAGUUCAGAAAAUGAAAGCAGUAGCUGAUGCAGCAAAGGAUGCAGCAAAUGAGAGCAAAAAACAACUGGAGUUAAGCGAAGAAGAAAGACGAAAAUUGGAAAAACAUUUGAAUGCAGUGCGUGAAGAUCUUGAUAACACAAAACACAAAGUGAACGAGCUUCAUGCCGACAAAGAACGUCACCGAGGUCAUACAGAGAACUUGGAAAUAGAAAAAAUGAAUUUGGAAAAUACUCGUCAGAAACUGCAUGAGGAAUUAAAUAUUGUGAGCGGUGAAUUGGAUAAGCUCAAAGCAGCAAAUGAAGAACUUCAUAGGCAACGUGACAACCUAGAGGAUGAGAAGGAUGAUCUUGAACGCGAGACCACAAAACUUCAAAAAGAAAUACAACGCUUGCAAGGUAUAAUUGAGCAAGGUGAUGAUAAACAAUCAAUGAUCAAGGAAGAGUUUGUUCAUACUAAGGAGCAACUUGCGAGAUUGAUCCUUGAUAAGGAGGUUGUUGAACAAGAAAAUGGUCAAAUGAAAGAGUUAUUGUCUGUAGCCGAGCAACAAAGAACCGAACUAGAACUAGACGUAACUAAAAUGAAAUCUGAAGAAAUUGCACUAAGAGAUGCUCUGGUUAAAUUGCAAUCCUUGAAUGAAGGCCUAGGGCAGGAUAAAAUUGAGUUAAACAAGAUCAUCAAACAGAUGGAGGUCGAAAGAGAAGCUUUGGCUGAAGAUAAACGAGAACUUGAACAAGAGAAAAGCACUAUACGUAACGAGCUUGUCAAAGCUGAACAAGACAAGAUUGAUCUCGAUGCAGAACGCGCAUCAUCCGAUCAAAAACUUAGUAUUGCUGAGCAAAGCAAGGAGAAGAUAGAGCAGGAGUUGAUUGUGGCUAAUCGUGAGCGUGCCGAGCUUAACGAGGCAUUGAGUAAAGCUCUACGAGAAAAGCCAAUAAUAUCAGAUGAUUUGAAUCAAACAAGACGUGAACUAGAGAGGCAAAGUAACAUUGUCUUAAGAUUGUCGAAAGAGAAAGAAGAGCUGACACGAGAGCGAUCCAGCUUAACCGUACAAGUCAAUAGCGGUGAGCGAGAGAACAGAGUGCUGGCUGAGAACAUUGCCAGCUUAAAGAGUGAUAAAGAAUCACUUGAGACUGCUUUGUACGAGACGCAGCAGAAUCUUGCCAAAAUAGAGUUACGAAAAGAGGCAUUAGAAGUAGAGAACCAAGAAAUUAAUUUGGCCAAAGAAGCGAUCGCUGUCGACUUGUGUCGUGUGAAGAAAGAACAGGAAAUAGAACUAUCAAAAAUGAAACGUGAGCAGGAGAUAGCUGAACAGAAACUCGGCUCUACACAUAAUGAGUAUGCUUUGCAUUUAAAGAAGGCAGAGGAGCGCCUUUUAGAAGAACGCGCUCAAAUGAAAAGAGAGAAGGAGAACAUGCUUCUACAGGUACAACAAGAAAAGGAAGCAAUCUUGAAACGGUCAAAUGAAGAGAAAGAUGAAAUUACACUUAAACUUGAACGCGAGCGAGCUAAUCUGGUCAACGAAAUUUCCUUAAUUCAAAAGGAAAGGGAUGAACAACUACUUAUGGCUGAAAAUGAAAAGCAAGAGGAGCUUCAUAUUGCUGCAAACGAAAAGUCUUCAUUGCUAGAGAAGCUGAAGAGCAGCGAAGAAAAUCUGUCUGCAAAGAACAUUGAGAAUGACCGGCUUAAACGAGAGGCAUUCAACAAAGGUGAACAAGACAAACACCUAAUCGGAACGCUUCAACAAGAAGUCAAAAAUCUAAAGAGUAGGCUUGAAGAUACAAACAAGUCGAGUACGGCAGAAAAGAACAAUCUGAGGACUCAUGUCGACGAUUUAACAAAAUCCAAGGAAAACAAUGUCCGUGAAAUUGGUGAACUCAAGCUUCAGUUAAAAUUAGUCGAGGAAACACGUGAUAAUAUUCGUCGAGAACUUAUCGACAGUCAACGUAAGAUGCGUGAAGGUGAUGAAGCACGAGAGGCCGCUCGAAAGGAGAUGAUUGAUCAGAAACGUCAACUGAGAGAUAGUAAUCGAGAAAGAGAUGUUGUGCAAGCUACAGCCAAUGAACUUCGAGCAAAGGUAAAGAAAACUGAAGCCGAAAAGAUAAACAUUCGUAGAAAACUCGAAGAGACUACUCAGGUAAUGAACGCUUUAGAAGAAGCUAAAGCCGCACUUCAGAAAGAAGUUGGGGAUUUGAGAGAAAGCUUGAGAGAAGUUGAAAAAGCUAGACUGGAAGCGCGUAGAGAAUUGCAACAAGUACAUAAUCAGGUAAAAUUGUUGGAUGGGGAAUGUUUAAAAAACAAAAAAGAACUUGCAGAUCUCAAAGAAAGUCUUGCAAAAGAAGGACAACUUUUGCAAGAAUGUCGCCAUGAUAAUAUGAUUAUGAAACAACGUCUUGUUGACACAGAUAAUGCAAAAGAAACAACAAUACGGGAAGUUGCUCUUCUCAAACGACGAUUAUCAGAGCUUGAUGAAGAAUUACGCGUUAAAGAAAAAGAAUUUCAAAUGAACAUUGACGCAGUGCGUAGAGCUGAACAAAAAGCAGUAGAUAAGAUUCAUAAUCUGGAAAAUAUGCUGGAGCAUACAAGUCAAGACUUAGGAGAUCAGAAAUUGAAAUUUUCUGGUGCGGAAGGACGGAUUGCUGGCCUAGAAGCACAGCUAACGCGUACCGAAGAUGCGAAGAAUGAGGCAGAGAUGAAGCUAGCAACCCUUCACUCAACUUUGAGGAGAACACUGGGAAUUCGAGGACAAUCGCCAUCUCCAGUAAGAAGUACUAGCCCUCGUCGUAAAGGUUUUCGUCGAAGCCGGGCAACAGAUCUUAGCCCCGAGAAAGAAACAGAAGAAUCUGAAUCAUCAACGCAGAAUCGCUCCUUGUCGCCUGUACGUAGACUCUCGCCUAGCAAAGCUGAGAUGCUCUCUGAAAUUGACCCUGAGAUUGUGCGUGUUGCCUUGCGUGACUUUGCGCAGCAGUUAAAAGAUAGCACACGUGAAAAAGAGGAAGCAGAGGCCAAAUUGGGUCAGUUGCAACGAACUUUAACUGAAGUGGAGGAAGAUCGCGCUCGUACUGAAGGAAGAUUGCAAGCUCUUCAGAAAUCCCUCGGAGACUCAGACGAAGGUCGACGAACGUUAGAUGGUAGACUUAGCAGUGCUCAAAGUGCCUUGACUAUGCAAGAGGAUACCAUACGUCGACUAGAACGAGAACGUAAUGCACAACAUGAAAAAAUUGAGGCCUUGGAGGAAGCUGUAGGACAAUUUGAAGGUGAUCGACGACAACUGAAGGAGAAAGUGAUGAAAUUACAACAAAGUGAGGCAAAAAGUGAACAAGAGAAGGAAGCAAUGAGAGUUCAAAUUGAAAAUGCUGAGUCAAGAAUAACAAAGAUUGAGUUAAAGAAACGCUCUCUUGAAGGCGACGUUUCCAGACUUCGAAUGCAAUCAGCUGAGAGUGACGCUGAAAAACAAGCAAUGCGGGAACGUAUCGACGCUUUACUGCGAUCGCAGCAAGACUUGGAAUCAAAAACAACUUCCCUGCAACUAACAGUUGAUAGACUUACUCUUGCUCUAGCAAAAACCGAAGAAGAAGAAGCAAGUUUUCGUGAUAAGGUCUCUGAACUUUCAGUAAGUCUCAACGAUAGCAAUAUGACUACUCAAGGACUUCAAGAACGCAUACAGCAGCUGCAGCGGGCUUUAAUGAACAAUGAACACGAUCGAAAAAUAAUGCAAGAACGCAUGGAGGCGUUAAAGACAGCUCAACAGGAUGGAAAGAACAGAAAUCAAAUGAUGGCUGAUAGAAUACAAGAAUUGCAGAAUGAAGAGACCAACGCAGAGGUAAAACGUGCAGAGCAAGAAGGUGAGAUAAGGAACAUGAAACAAAUCAUUCAACAACAGAAAGAAAGUGAAGAAGAACUAAUCAACCGCACUGACAAAUUACAGGAUGAAAAACGCUUGCUGCAAGAUCGUGUGGCAACCUUGCAAAAAACUUUAGCUCAGGCUGAGCAAGAUAAACGUGAACUUGAACGAGCUCAGAUACGCGUCGAAAAAGAUAAAAAAGCCUUGAAGAGCACACUGGAAAAGGUGGAACGCGAGCGUCUCGUAACUGACGAGAGACUUUCUCGCACAGAGAAAGAAAGAACUGAAGCUGAAAGAUCAUUUGGUGAUCUCGAAAAAGAAAACCAAGAAAUGAUUAAUCAAAUCGAACUUUUACAAGGUCGACUGGCUGAAACCGAAGAAAAGGCUGAAAGAAAAGUUUUUGAGAUAACGGCAAGCCAUCGUCAGGAAAUUGAGUCAGAAAGUGAGCGCAAUAAAGCAUGGCAGGCUCAAAUAGAGAGAGCGACUCAAGCUCGUGAGCGAGCAUAUAAACAAAAAACAAAAGGUCUUGAAGAACAGGUUGCUACAUUAAAAGACCAACUAAGUCGUGAGCUUCAAAAGAAGCAGCAAUACAUCAGGCGUACAGCUGCAAAGAACGAAGAAACUAGAGAUCUACGCAAUCAACUCGGUGAAUCACUGGGAAGAGUGGCACGAGAUGCAUCUUACGAGCCCACUGUUCUUGACGAGGAGUCACGACGUCUGGAUGAAUCUCUGGAGUAUAGAAAUACUUACACUGGCCGUUCUUCAACAAGAAGGAGCAAAUCCAACUCCCUUAAUACAAUGAGCCUUGACAAAUAUGGCACAAGCACACCUAACGGAUCUACAGGUGGACGAAGAGUUGUUGGAACAACACCGAGCUCAGUCAGUCCCCUCCGGAAGACAAGUCGCAAGUCAACGAAAUAGGAAAGCGACAUUGUUUAAGAAAAGAAUGUUUUUGAAACACGAUGCUUUUACUAUUUGAGAUAGCUUACUUUUUAAACAUAAUCAAUGCUUUCAUUUAAUUUCACUUGAUGUGGUUUAUCUAUAGUAACUAUAUAUUAAUACAAAUUUUACUCCUAUAAAGUAAUAUGACUUAAUUAUUUCAUUUAAAUUGUUUGAGUUGAUUUUACAAACUGUGCAGUGAUUUGCAAUAAACAUACAAGAAUACGAGACAGCAAACAUAAUAUUGAUUUAAAUGAUGCAAUAAAAGUUCGGCAGUUUUAAA